AUGCAGCAGCACAACAGCUCAUCACCGUCGUUGUCAUCACCGCCCUCGGCACUCUCGGAGCCCGGCUCUCCGACUAGGAUUAUCAACGCCGGCCGCGCUAAUAUUGAAAUGGAUGAGAUUAUCGUCGAUCCUGGCUCAGCAUCUCGAUUUGGCAUCAUGCAGCAACACCAGCCCGCCGAAACCCCCCAAAAUAUCCCACUGACCGCCGCCGGCCUUCCGAGGAAGAAGCCCGGCAGGAAACCCGGCAGCACAGUCAAACCCAAGGCCCCCCCGGCCGAUGGCAACUCCACAAAUCCCGAUCAACCUAAACAGCGUCGCCCGCGGAAGCCCAAAGACCCUAAUGCCCCUCCCACCCAGAGAAAGCGGAAGGCCGCAGCAACCGAGGGCAGCGAUGCAACCUCGGAGAUGGACGCGAGGUCUGCCUCGGGCCCGCCCCGCCAACCAAAAAUCACCGAGCUCACGUCAAUGCGGAUGGCUCUGAAUGCGCGUCCACCUCUUUCCGAGGUCGCAUAUCCCCAGCCUGCCCCGAAGCGAGAGGAGCCGCCUCCCAAACUCCAGCCCGCCGCGCCUGCGAGGCAGAUGUUUGACCCAAUCCGGGGAAAUUACGAUCCAAUUCGAGAAUCCGUGGCGGCCCGAGAUUCGUACGGAACGGGCCCACUCGGCUCGCCCCGAGCGCCCACUCACGUAGUCAACCGGGCCAGCGCGUCUCCUUCGAUUGCCAGCCUGGUAGAUCCACACCCUGUCGCCAGCGCUAUCUCCCCCAUACUGUCUAAUACGCAGUAUGGCAAUCCCGCACCUCAGGCACGCUUUCCGGAGACAGUUUCCGUGCCGCCCUCUCCUUCCAAUGCUGUGCGCAGCGCUCCUCAACCUCUCCCCAAACCCACCCUUGCCGAUGCCAGACGGCCUCCGCCCCCUCCCCCGGCACCCAUCUCUGCAAGCAAACCCGAGUCAAAAUCCACCUCGUUCACCAGCAUGACUACAGUCCCAAGCUCAACAGCCGCCACAGCGACGCCCGCCGCGCCGGCAACCGCGCCGAGCAAAAAGAUUGCCGCCGUCGUGCAGCAGGAACGCGAGUCUAACAAGAAAGCCCGCAGCAGCAAUUCCUCCUCACCAAAAAUCAACAGCCUCAAGGACGCGCUCCCGCCCCUUCCCACCGGUGAAGGGCGCUCCAUUCUCGACUUUGGGAAAGUUCGCCCCGGCGAGGAGAUUGAAGCGCCGAGCAUAUCGCUGCACAUACCCCUUAAACCGGGCGAGAACAACAAGUAUGUCAAUUUCAUGCGCAUGGCCGAGGAGCGGUACGGCUGGGACGCCCUGCACCCGCGGCUGGCGGCCAGCCGGGAGCGCAAGGCCCGCAUCGCCGCGGCCACGGCUGCACUCGAGAAGAAUGGGAGCGGCCGCGAGUCCGGGGAUGAAAUGGAGGAAGACUUGCAGCAGUCGGACGCCGAAAACAGUAAUGUCGAGAUGGGCGGGAUGGGGGCGGCCAAUGGUACCGGCUUGGGCAUGAGCGGCCCGGAGGCGGCUCCGGCCAAGCCGGCUAGGAAGAAGCGCAACUUCAAAGAGGACGAGUAUGACAAGGACGACGACUUUGUCGAUGACUCGGAGCUGCUGUGGGAGGAGCAGGCGGCAGCUAGCCGGGACGGAUUCUUUGUCUACAGCGGGCCGCUGAUACCCGAGAUCGAGAAGCCUGCUGUUCCUGAGGGACCCCCUCGACGAGGCCGCGGGGGCAGAGGUCGGGGCAGAGGGGGUGCGGCGCGCGGUGAAAGCAGUGGCCGCGGCCGUGGGGGUGGGCCGGGCUCGAGAGGCGGGACGGUCAGGAAGCCGAGAAUCACAAAGCUGGAGAAGGAGCAGAGGGACAAGGAAAAGGCGGAGCGCGAGAAGCUUGCGCAGUUGUCAUCCAAAACUGGCGCGAGUCCGGGAGCUGCGGUGGCCAAUGGCGUGUUAGGGCUUGGUGCCUCGGCGGCACAAGGCGCCGUGUCUGGGAUCACCAUGUGA